AAAAAAUGAUCAGUCUCUAUUUCAUUGGUCAGUUUCUAGGCUUGCUACAUGCGGGAUACUCGCAGUGCUUGAGCUUCGACCCCAAAACCUUGAUCAUUAGCAAUAUCGAGAAUUCCUCAGUACCUGGUUUUCACAUCUUGACCAAUACUGAUAUUGGAAUGUGUAUGAUAGUUUGUAACAGGUUUUUAUUAUGUCGAUCAGUGGAUUGGAUACGAGAAGAAAAGAAAUGUCGGCUAAACACAAGAUUUGCUUCACGAAAUGUCAGUGAUUUCAUGACUAAAGGCCGCUCAAUUCACGUUGACCGAGGACAUUUUCCACGGCACUUGGUCGGCAAUUGUCUAAAUCCUACCUGUACCGAGGAUGCCAUCUGUAUAAACGGUGAAUGUGUACAAGUAUUAAAAGAAAAGAUAUACAAGGACUGCUCAGACAUUUUAAAAAAAGACCCAAACAAGAUAGAACAAGAUGGAGUGUACGUAAUUUACCCUGACAUCCGGAGAGAAGUUUUCUGUGACAUGACGACAGAUGGAGGAGGAUGGACGGUGAUACAGAAACGAGAAGAUGGCGAUGGCGACUUUUACAGAACAUGGGAAGAGUUCAAAAGAGGAUUUGGGAACGUGUCUAAAAACUACUGGAUAGGGAACGAUGCAAUCCAUACGUUAACAAAGGAUAAAAACCAAGAACUUCGUGUGGACCUCCAAAGUCAUGAUGGAGAAGAGGCCCAUGCUGUGUAUACCACAUUUUACAUCGAGGAUGAAGGCAAUAAAUAUACCCUGACAGUAUCUGGAUACAGCGGAACAGCGGGUGACAGUUUUACUUAUCAUAAUGGGAUGGGAUUCAGCACGAAAGACCAGGACAACGACUCCUGGAGUAAUAACUGUGCAGUAGUAAAUCACGGCGCCUGGUGGUACACCUAUUGUUACGACUCAAACCUAAACGGAGAGUACGCCCAGCGUAAUGUUACUGGUGAUCAGUACAUGACAUGGCAUCACUGGAAAGAAAAGGAGGCCCUACGAAAGACAGUGUUGAUGAUUAGAAACAACGAUUAG